GUAAUACACAUUCAGCCCGUGAUGCCCAAACCCUCCUCCCAGAUUCACCGCGCCUGGUGGAAGGAAAGCUCCGUCUAUCAGAUCUGGCCCGCCUCCUACAAAGACAGCAACGAUGACGGCAUCGGCGACAUCCCCGGCAUCGUCUCGAAGCUGGACUACAUCAAGGACCUGGGCGUCGAUAUCGUCUGGCUUUGCCCCUCCUAUAAGUCGCCCCAGGUCGACAUGGGCUACGACAUCUCCGAUUAUUACAGCAUCGCCGACGAGUACGGCACGGUCGCGGACGUCGAGAACCUCAUCCAGGGCUGCCACGCGCGGGGCAUGAAGCUGCUCAUGGAUCUCGUGGUCAACCACACCAGCGACCAGCACGAGUGGUUCAAGCAGUCGCGCAGUUCCAAGGACAACGAGUACCGGAAUUGGUACGUUUGGAAGCCGGCGCGGUAUGACGAGCAGGGCAACCGCCAACCGCCCAACAAUUGGGUUUCACACUUCCAAGGAAGCGCCUGGCAGUGGGACGAGCACACCCAGGAAUACUACCUCCACCUGUACGCGACCGAGCAGCCGGAUCUCAACUGGGAGCACCCGCCCGUGCGCCGGGCGGUGCACGACAUCGUGCGCUUCUGGCUGGACAAGGGCGCGGACGGGUUCCGGAUGGACGUCAUCAACUUCAUCAGCAAGGACCAGCGGUUUCCCGACGCGCCCGUCCAGGAUCCGCGGACGCCCUGGCAGUGGGGCGACAAGUACUACGCCAACGGGCCGCGACUGCACGAGUACCUGCAGGGCAUCGGCCAGAUCCUGAAGGAGUACGACGCCUUCAGCGUGGGCGAGAUGCCCUUCGUCCGCGACACCGACGAGGUCCUCCGCGCCGUGCGCUACGACCGCAACGAGAUCAACAUGAUCUUCAACUUCGAGCACGUCGACAUCGACCACGGCCCGUACGGCGACAAGUUCCGGCCCGGCAGCUGGAAGCUCACCGACCUCAAGAGCUUCUUCGAGACGUGGCAGAAGUUCAUGUACGAGAAUGAUGGCUGGAAUGCCCUGUACUGGGAGAACCAUGAUCAGCCGCGCUCGAUUGACCGGUACACGAACGCGAAGGAGGAGUACCGCACCGAGGCCGGGAAGAUGCUGGCGACGAUCCUGGCGCUGCAGUCUGGUACGCCGUUUGUGUACCAGGGCCAGGAGCUGGGAAUGAGGAAUGUGCCCGUGGAGUGGGAUAUCAGCGAGUAUAAGGACAUUGACUGUCUCAACCACUGGCAUAGACUCCUUAAACAGAAACCCGAUGACACCGAAGCGCAGAAGAUCGCCCGCCAGGAAUACCAGAAGAAAUCCCGCGACAACGGCCGCACCCCGGUGCAAUGGUCCGCGGGCCCGAACGGCGGCUUCACCGGCCCCAACGUCAAGCCCUGGAUGUCGGUCAACCCCGACUCCGAGCGCGUCAACGCCGAGGCGCAGGUCAAGGACCCUCAGUCGACGUACCACUACUGGUCCUCCGUGCUGGGGCUGCGGAAGAAGUAUCUCGAUAUCUUCGUCUAUGGGGACUACACGCUGGUCGACAGGGAGAGCCAGGCGGUCUUCGCGUAUACCCGGCAGUACGAGGACCAGAAGGCGCUGGUGCUGGCCAACUGGACCGACCAGACGCUAGAGUGGGACCCGGUCGCCAAUGGGGUGGAGGCCGUGAAGGGGGUGGUUCUGAACACAUACGAGAGCGCCGAGUCGGCUGGGGUGAGAUUCCAGAGUGGUGGGAAAUGGUCGCUCCGUCCGUAUGAGGCGGUGGUUGUGCUGGUGCAGGCGUGAAAUGAAUUUGAUGACGGGCUGAAAAUGAACUG